AUGCUUCCACCAGCACUCAACAUCCCCAAAUGGCUUGAAACCAACUCCCACCUCCUCCAACCCCCCGUAAACAACUACUGCGUCUACCACCCCUCCUCACCCGCCACCCAAGGCUACACAGUAAUGAUAGUCGGCGGUCCCAACGCCCGAACAGACUACCACAUCAACACGACGCCCGAAUUCUUCUACCAAUACAAAGGCUCCAUGCUCCUCCGCACCGUCGACGAAUCCACCACUCCGCCCACCUUCCAAGACAUCCCGAUCCACGAAGGAUCGUUGUUCCUGCUGCCGGCGAACACGCCGCACUGUCCCGUACGGUUCAAGGAUACGGUGGGCGUGGUGAUGGAGCAGCCGAGGAAGGAAGGGGCGGUGGAUGCGAUGAGGUGGUAUUGUCGUAAUAAGGAUUGCGGGGAGGUGGUGUGGGAGAAGAAGUUUGUUUGUACGGAUUUGGGGACGCAGGUUAAGCAGGUUGUCGAGGAGUUUGCGGGCGAUGAGGAGAAGAGGACUUGUAAGGCUUGUGGGGUUGUCGCGAGGUCGAAGUACGAGGAGGGGGAGGUGGUGCAGCCUUAG